AUGGCAAGUUUAACAGCUUCACCAUACGCUGCCUUCUUAUUAUCACCCACCAGAAGCAAUGCCAAGAACCAGAGUUGUACAAACAACCGACGCCUCAGCAUAAGAGCAGUCCACCCAGUGAAGUCACUGGAGGAGCUCUACCAAGUGAAAGUAGAAAGGAAAGUGUCACCACAGCGGCUGGCUGAGCUCGGUGUAUCGAGAUGGUCAAUGUGGAAGACCGGGAAAUGCAGGCUGCCGUGGGACUGGCAGGUAGACCAGCUGGUCUUCAUCGAGGAAGGGGAGGUGAGAGUUGUGCCAGAAGGAAGCAAAGGGUACAUGCAGUUUGUGGCUGGUGACCUUGUUCGUUAUCCGAAGUGGUUCGAGGCUGAUCUCUGGUUCAAUGGUCCGUACCAGGAGAGAUACAGCUUUCGCGCUUAUGGUGAUGAUGACUGCUAG